GAAAGCGUCACGCUCGGAGCGCGAACCAAUGGAGGCGCCUGCCGCUUCGCUCUCUCCCACCGCGGCAGGCAGCGGUACGGCCGCUGUCCAGGAGGAGGCGGUGGCGUCGUCGUCUGCAUCAUCGCUUCGGCGUCGUCUGCUUCUCCGAUAUAACCCGGGCCCGCGAUCCCGGGCGUUUCAUGGAGUACGCUCGCUCUUGGUACGGGUGGUGGUGUGACGACGAAGACCGGCAGCAUGGGCAGCAUCGUGUCGAGUCAGCAGCAUCUGGACGUGGCCGACCCCAAGACGGGCCUGACGCCCCGCGAGAAAGGGCUCGUGCGUGACACCUGGGCACUGGUGCGCAAGGACGUCAAGGCUAACGCUAUUGCCAUCUUCCUCACGCUGUUUCAACGGCACCCCGAGUACCAGAAGCUGUUCUCCGGCUUCGCGGACGUGCCGCCGGAGGCGCUGUCCACCAACCCUCGCCUCGGCGCGCAUGCCAUGUCGGUGGCGUACGCCAUCACGUCGCUGGUGGACACCCUUGACGACGCUGAGUGCCUGGUGGAGCUGGUGCGCAAGAUCGCCAUCAGCCACACCCGACGGCCGGUCACCGUCACAAACUUCGAGCACACGAUGGCCGUGAUCGUGGACACGCUGAAGGACCGGUUAGGAAGCAAGAUGACGCCGGCGGCCGUGGCGGCCUGGGAGAAGACCCUCAGGCUGGUGGUCACCGUCACCGCGGACGUCUACAAGGAGGCCGGCAAGAACUAGGCCGCACAGCGCUGCCCCUCCUCUCUCGCAUCGGCUCGCAGAAGACGCGAGCAGACGGCGUCGUCACCUCUUGUAUACACUGCUUCAAAGCGCGUGCAGACGCUGGUGGCUUCUUCGCGGUUGCGACCGAGAACGCGAGUCUUGGAUGGUCCACGGAAACGUCACGGUUGCCGAGCUCUUGUGGUUACGCUUAGUAUGCGCAGGGCACGCAUUGUUACGAGGGCGUCGUAGGAUCGAGUGUAUUGUCCCCGCUGGAAGCACGCAUGUGUUAUAUAUAGUCAAAUGGAACAGCCGCGGUGUGAUGGCGGUUUGCCCCGGUCGUUCGCUAUGCCGAGUCUGGCACAAUCGCUUGUCUGAAGGCGUAUUCGGCAAUGGGUCCCGAUAAUGCACACUAACGUGACCGACAUAUGCGCAUCCGACUCGCGAGACUGCGAUGUGAAUAGUACUGCGAUGAACACGGAUGAGGCGCGAGACAUGCAUUCUGUGUGCGCAGUAGCUGUUUCAGAGGUGUCCUCGCUUUCACAGUACAGUUGGUGACGGCCGCUCUUAGCAGCCGCGUAUAGUUCUGGGCGAUUAGGCUUGAAGGUAUUGGAGCUGCUAUAUUGAUGUCACUCAAAGUUACAGAGGCAGUGCACACCUAACUUUAGCACCGUGCAGGCGCCAUGUUGUACGUGUCGUACGUAACCCGGCGCCUCGCUGUGCCGUAACCUACAAUAUACUGGGUGUCCCACGUAACUUGUGGCAAAAUUUAAAUAUAUAUAUACAUUACUAAGUAAUCAACUUCUCUAAUAUUAUAUUCAGAGCAAAAGUGUGAAUGAGAAAUUUGCUGACCAUCCUCGAAAAUUCCCGAUCCAGCUUUUUUUUCUGUUGCUUUAAUACGUGCUACAUAAAAGAUUUUUUUUUUUCGAAGUUUAAAAAAAAGUCCGCAGAACACGAAAAAAUAUCAGACUCCAGAAAAAAAAAAUUCCAGAAAGUCCCAGACUGAUCCCUCAGGACCUAAAUAAAGUUCUUCAUACCAUACCAUACCAUACGAAAAAAUACCGCGCGACUAGUCGCACGUAUUUAAUUAAGCGAAAUACAAAAAAAAAAGAAAACGGAAAGGUCUGACUUGCUCCAAGCGACAGCAAACAGUAUUGCAUCGGUUCUGCCCAGCUACGUGGCACUGGCAUAUUCUUUUCCUUUUUUUUUUUUUCAUUACGGUGUAAGUUACGUGGGGCACAUGGUAUGUGGUUAGCUACUGUGAAAAUUGGUCUGGUUCAUAUCAGCCUUAGGCGUCAAGAAAAGUUUUCAGAAUGUUCAAAUUGGUGCUGAUAUAAUUACCGUAAUUUCAACUCGAGAGCACCGGUUACCUUUAUAACGCGUAAACGAGCACCUUAAUGAAUGUUACCGUGUUCAGAGUGAAUAUAUCUGCGGGUCAAUGAAUAAUAUAUAUAUAUAUAUAU